CUUAUGUGUUUAAUUAAUCUUUUCAUCCUAUUAAUGAUUUUCGUUAUGAGAUGCUGCUUUAAUUUGUGAGUUAUUAUCUCAACUAAGAAAACCUACAGUCAGGGAGUAAUUAGGGUUGGAAACCGAUAUAGUGUGGUAACCGAAAGAUCCUUAAACUGAUAUUCUUUGACAUGGAAGAAGAAGAUGUUACAAAUGAUGUGUGUGUAUAUAAAUGAGACUAAAUGACGAUGCUCCAUUGUUGUCCUUCUCAAUUUCUAUCCAAGGAUGGUUGUGGUAAGACUAAAUUGAAUAGUCAGGUGCUUUGUUUAUUUGAUCAUUGGCCCCUUUAUUGUGCUGCAAGAGGUAUACAAAUAUAUUAGCCUCAGGCUUGCCGAAAAUAUUCAAGAUGGUGGAAGUGGAACAGGGGAUCAAGUCCUUAUUUUUGCUUGAGAGUGCAAAGAAUGUUACUCAUUGAAAGUUUGUGUCCUUGGUUGUGGGACUUGUUGCUGCUGAAGUUUGAGGGGGAGGACUUAGGUUCAAAAACUUGUUUAGUAUAUAGUGGAAUUACCUCUUGAAGAUGCAGAGAAGGCGAGAACUCUCAAGUUUCCUUUUAUUGCUUGUGGGAUCUUCAGUUGUGAAGUCGAUAUCAUGCUCAAUCCUUGGUUGAGGAUGAGGAGAGAUCAGGUCGGGUUGGUGUAGAGAAGAAGAUCUAGCAGUGAGCAAUGUCAAAAUUGAUUUAAUAUAAAUUCCUAUGCGGUGACUUUGAGAAAAGAGAACCGUCGUCACAAAAUAAGGUUGCAGUUGGGCGAAAAAGUAUGCAGUUACAUGUGGAGCAACAAGCUUGGUAGCUGGAUUUGGAGAAUGGGAUGAUGGACUGCUUAUAUGCUAAAUUCUUCCCUUUGAAAAUGCCGAUCCCGGUUAUUGACUUGUCAAAGCUCAACGGUGAAGAGCAAGCGAAAACAAUGGCUCAGAUAGCAAAUGGAUGUGAAGAAUGGGGAUUCUUUCAGUUGGUGAAUCAUGGGAUCCCGGUGGAGCUUCUUUCAAAGGUGAAAAGAGUAAGCUCCGAAUGCUUUAAGUUGGAGCGGGAAGAAAAUUUUUACAAGAGCUCAACAACUGUAAAACAGUUGAAGGAGUUAAUUGACAAGAAAAAGGGAGAAAAACUAGAAAAUGUCGAUUGGGAAGAUGUCUUUCUUCUCUCAGACGAUAAUGAAUGGCCAACAAACACUCCUGGAUUCAAGGAAACCAUGUUGGAAUACCGAAAAGAACUGAAGAAACUGGCAGAGAAGUUGAUGGAAGUGAUGGAUGAAAACCUGGGGAUACCAAAAGGGUACAUUAAGAAGGCAUUUAACGACGGAGAAGAAGAAAAGGCAUUUUUUGGGACGAAAGUGAGCCAUUAUCCACCUUGUCCUCAUCCCGAGAUGGUGAAUGGGCUACGGGCUCACACUGACGCUGGAGGGAUCGUCCUGCUUUUCCAGGACGACGAGGUUGAAGGUCUCGAGAUUCUGAAAGACGGUAAAUGGAUUGAUGUUCAACCCAUUCCCAAUUCUAUUGUCAUUAAUACCGGUGAUCAGAUAGAAGUACUAAGUAAUGGAAAAUACAAGAGUGUUUGGCAUCGGGUUAAUGCUAAGCCCAACCAAACAAGGAGAUCAAUUGCUUCCUUCUAUAAUCCCUCAUUUGACGCAACCAUAGCCCCUGCGCCACAACUAGUUGGAGAAGGAAAUAAUGGAGAAGCUCACGGUGAACAAGGUUACCCACAGUUCGUGUUUGGUGAUUAUAUGUCUAUAUACACCGAACAGAAGUUUCUUCCAAAAGAACCAAGGUUUCAAGCCGUGAGGGCCGUCUAAACUGAAACUAAGAAGUCGCUUUCAGAUUGCAUCAUUUCCUUUGUCUUUCAGGAUUACAUCACAACGAAUUUUUAGUGAAAAUCUAUAAGAACUUUUACUAAAUGAGAAAGUUCUUAUACUUAAAAUGUAAUCUUAUGUUCUUCUAUUUGUUUGUAAUCUUUCAUUAAGAUCUUAAAUUUGAUUGCUCCUGUUCUUUCUAUACGUGACUAUUAGGUUUAUUUUUUUAACACUGAUUAUGUUAAUAUUCCUAAUAUGUUUUUGACCA